CCGCGUCCUUUGGUUUCAGCAGCUUUCUUUUCCCUCUUAUCUCCACUUUUGUCCCACGUCACUGCUAUAAGAGUGGGCUGCAGCCCAGCAGUGGGCUUCAGUGGGUUUCUCUGCCUGAAGUCAUGACUCUGACGACACCUCUGCUGCUGCUGCUCACAGCCUGCCUGGCAUGUGGCGCCCUGCCGCCCAAAGCCAUGUGGCACUUUGGGAAGAUGAUCGUGUGCGCCCAGCCGGGCGUCAACCCGCUGAGGUACAACAACUACGGCUGCUGGUGUGGCUUCGGUGGACAGGGGACUCCUCGGGACGACUUGGACCAGUGCUGUAAACUCCACGACCACUGCUACGAAGCCAGCAGGAAGAUACCCGGGUGCUCGGGGGUCGCCGACCUUCCCUACGUCAUCGACUACGACUUCACCUGCUCCAACCGGCAGGUGGCGUGUUCGGCGACCAACGACCAGUGCCAGGCUGCUGUGUGCGAGUGUGACCGCGUGGCGGCUCACUGCUUCGCCCGGAACACGUACAACCCAGAGAACAAGAACCUGGACCCAGACGUCCACUGCGGUCAAUGACUGUCCCUGUACUGACUAAUAAACCAGUUCGAAUCUCAAA